CAAAAUAAAGGAUGCUGAUCGGUUUUUAUUCCUUUAAACCAAAAUCAAAUCGAAUUUAAACCGAAAUCAACAAAGCUUAAUGCCCUAGGCCCCCGAAGACGCCCAAUGAUAUGUAUUCCUCCUAUAUCACUCUCCCUCUGAGUCCGAUCAGCAAAUACGAUCAUGACUUCCAUCCCGAUGGAUCUCAUUCUGGAUAUACUCUCGAGAUUGCCCGAAAAGUCAAUCGCGAGGUUUCUCUGCGUGUCGAAGCUAUGGGGGUCCAUGCUUCGCGGUCCAUAUUUCACCGAACUGUUCUUGACCAGGUCCUUGGCUCGUCCACGUCUGUUAUUCGCAGUCGUAGAAUACGGUGAGUGGAGCUUCUUCUCAUCGCCUCAGCCUCAGAAUCCAUAUGGGAAAUCGUCUCUUGUAGUUGCUGCGGAUUUUCAUAUGAAGUUUUCUAAAGGAAGAAACCCAUACACUAGUAGCUAUGCUAAUGGUUUAAUCUAUUUCUCUAGUAUGCGGAUCUCAAAGGAGGAGAAGUACGAUGAUGUGCAUAUGAUAUGUAACCCUAGCACAGGACAAUAUGUGAUUUUACCUGAAUUAAGAAGUUACCGACAGGCGGGAAGUUUUUUAGGGUUUGAUCCCAUUGACAAGCAAUUCAAGGUACUGGUCAUGGCUUGUGUAUAUGAUGAUCAUCAUAUUUUGACACUAGGAACUGGAAAAAUGAGUUGGAGGAAGAUCCAAUGUCCCUUAAGCCAUGAGCGUUUAGGUGAAGCAAAAUGCUUCAAUGGGGCUGUUUUUUAUUUAGCUAGAAAAACUGAUGACUGGUCUUGUGGGAUAGUUUGCUUUGAUGUCAGGUCUGAGAAGUUCAUGUUUAUAGAUGCAAAACACUUUGGUGUUUCAUUACAUACACAAUUGAUAAACUAUAAGGGUAAAUUAGGUGGGAUUAGUUUAAAGUAUGCUUGUGAUGGUGGAUUUCCCCUUGAGUUAUGUAUGUGGGUUCUAGAGGAUGUCGAGAAACGUAAAUGGUUGAAAUAUGUCUACACUUUGCAGGCUGAUAAUAAUCUAGUUAAGGUUAAAAACAAUCUUUUUGUUGUUGGGACGACUGCUACAGGUGAAAUUGUUUUGUCGAAGGAUAAAGGUAGUAUCAUCAUAAACACUAUUAAACCGUUUUAUGUUUUCUACUUCAAUCCUGAAAAGAACACUCUCCUUAGUGUUGAAAUCCAAGAUUUGGGGAACGCCAUGGACACCGGCACUGGCCAUGGAUGGUUUAACGGGUAUAGAGUUUACGCUUUUGCAGACGAUGUAGAGGAUCUUAAGUUUAACAUUAUGAAUACAACAUGUGCUCCAGCAUCUAUCAGCCCACCAGAACAGAAGCGUAAAGUCACGAGCACAUCAACAUCAUCUACAAAAGAUCAUUAAGUCAGCUAAAAGUUAUCAAAGAAGUUUUUAUUCGAGCCAUAGCCAUGGCUGCAGAAGUUUUCUUUAUAAUAUUCUCUCUAUGUUGCAUUUGAGUGUGUCACUUCUCAUUUACUAGUUUUGUAUGAGCUUUAUCACAAAAUGUUGGCUUACCAUUUUUUUUCUCUUUCUGGUUA